AUGAAUAGAACAAAUGGCUUGCCUCCGAAAGAGAAAGGUCUAGAGAAAGACAAUAUGGGGGUUGAGUCUUACGCUGUAUCAGUUGUGAGCUCAGCUGUCAUUGUCUUUCUCAGCUAUUUUCUGGGUCUAUUCGGUUAUUCCUGGUUAUGGAUAUGGAUUAUAGUUGGUCUCAAUUUGGCGAAAAAUUACCUAUGGAAGAAGAGAGAAAAACAUUUAAUGUCUCUACGAGCUACCUCUUUGCGAGAAAGAGAAGUUAUCAUGGCCCAAUUACAAGAUCUUCCUGCUUGGGUUCAGUUCCCUGAUACUGAAAGAGUAGAAUGGAUGAACAAGGUUAUACUACAGCUUUGGCCAUAUAUUGGAGAGUACGCCAAAGUAUUCAUGACUGACUUCAUUAUUCCCCAAGUCAAAGCUCAAAUGCCCGCGAUGUUCAAGAAUUUUAAGUUCACAAAAAUGGAUAUGGGAGACAUCCCAUGUAGGGUUGGGGGAAUAAAGGUGUAUACUCAUAACGUCGGUCGCGAUAGAAUUAUCGUGGAUAUGGAUGUCGCCUAUGCUGGCGAUGCAGAUUUCUCAGUUUCUUGUUGUGGAUUCACUGGAGGAAUGAAUAAUCUCCAAUUUUCGGGCAAGCUCAGAGCUGUACUCAAACCUUUACUGCCUUACCCACCAAUGGUCGGUGGAGUUUCAGGAUCUUUUCUCGAAAUGCCGAAAAUCGAUUUCAAUCUCACAGGAAUGGGAGAGAUGGUAGAACUUCCUGGCUUGAUGAAUGCUAUUCGUACUGUCGUUAAUAGCCAAGUGGCAGCCUUAUGCGUUCUUCCCAAUGAAAUUGUGGUUCCUUUGGCUCCAGAUGUAGAUGUUACUCGUCUAUUCUUCCCCGAACCAGAUGGGGUUGUUCGGCUUCGAAUUAUUGAAGCUAAGAACUUGGAGAAUCUAGAUAUUACUCUUUUCAAAAAGGGGAAAAGUGACCCAUACUGUGAGAUUCAAGUUGGUUCUCAGUUCAUGAAAACUAAAACGAUCGACAACAAUUUAAACCCUAUCUGGAACGAAUAUUUUGAAGCUGUUGUUGAUCAAGCUGAUGGUCAGAAACUUCGUAUUGAAGUGUUCGAUGAAGAUCAAGGGAAAGACGAAGAACUUGGUCGUUUAAGUUUGGAAUUAAGUAAAAUUAGAAAAUCAGGAUAUAUUGAUCAGUGGUAUGCUCUAGAAGGAUGUAAGCAUGGUGAUAUUCAUAUCAGAGCAACUUGGAUGAACUUGUCAACGGACCUUCGCUAUUUGGACGUACGUGAGCCAGAAUACUUACAAGCAGAUAAGCCAGUUCACCCUGCUCUAUUGAUGGUUUUUGUUGAUUCAGUCUCAGAGUUACCUUAUCCUAAAUCUAAACUUGAACCAUCCCCAUUCGUUGAAGUGACUCUUGGUAAGGAAGUUCAAAGAACACCAGUGAAAGUUAAAACUGUUAAUCCAUUGUACCAAUCUAAGUUUUUGUUCUUUGUGAGAAAUCCCGAAGGCCAAGACCUUAAAUUUGAAGCAAUCGACGAUGGAACUCGCCGUACCAUUGGAUCUCUAACAAUUGGACUUAACUCUCUCAUGAAAGAGCCAUCACUAGAGUUUUAUCAACAAACAUUCAUGUUGACUCACGGUGUUCAUCAAAGUCCAAUCGUUGUAACUGUCAGACUUCGAGCUCUAGCACGUGGCACAAAACAUAAUGCUGAUGGAGUUUUAGAUGACGAUAUCAUGAGACAUUACGGAAAUGCUUCUCAUAUUGAGCGGGCUGACAGACCUGGCAAGAAUGGAGAUGUCAGAGCCGUUGAACCAGCCAAAACUGUCAACCUUAGUCCUGCUUCCAACGAACCAGAAGUUAAACUGAAUGUGGAAGAGAUUCAGAUGCUCCGAUCUGAUUCAACGAACUCUCUUAAUACGAGUUCUGGACGGUCUAGUAGACUGGGCCGAAUGUUCAAAACAAAACAUGCUAAAGAAAAACCUAGAGCGGACAUCCCAAGAGGAGAGUUGCUGAUGGCAAUUAGAUAUAUUCCAGAAAAUCGUAAAAUGGUUGUAGCUAUAUUGAAAGCAAGAGAUCUAUUACCCUAUGAUGCAAAAGGAACUUGCAAUCCGUAUUGUAAUAUCAAGUUACUCGAUACGUCAAAUAACAAAGAAGUUUAUAAAAGGAAAACAGCGACCCUGAAAUCAAACUUGUGUCCAGAGUUCCACAAUCAUUUCGAUUUUGAUAUGGAGCCCUCUGAUAUUUUGAACUAUAAAUUGCAAGUUUCUGUCAAAGAUGAUACCAAUUACGGGACUUUUGCUUCGAAGCCUGUUAUUGGAAUAGUUGAAAUUAGAUUUGAUUCUCUGCAUGAAAAGGAGUUACCGCAACAGUGGGUUCACUUACAACCAGAAAGGAAAUAG